AAUUUAUUUGUUAAAACGAGAUCGAGAGAGAGAGAGAGAGAGAAGAGAGAGAGAGAGGAGAGAGAGAGAGAGAGAGAGAGAGAGAGAGAGAGAGAGAGAGAGAGAGAGAGGAGAGAGAGAGAGAGAGAGCGAGAGAGAGAGAGAGAGAGCAAGAGAGAGAGAGAGAGGGGGGGGGGGAGGGAGGGAGGGAGGGAGGGAGGGAGGGAGGGAGGGAGGGAGGGAGGGAGGGAGGGAGGGGAGGGAGGGAGGGAGGGAGGGAGGGAGGGAGGACAUCUUACUCUGAGGACUUCAUGCAACUUAACUAU